GCCUGCUCUACACGGCCCCAGCCCGCUCUCGGUGGUGCGCGGCCGGCGCGGCGCUGUCGCAGCAUGGCGGGCGAGGGCGACUCUGAGCCGGAGAAGUCCUUCAAGCUCCUAGGAUUUCUUGAUGUUAAAAAUGUCCCAUGUGCACGAGAAUCAGUGCUGUAUGGCUCUCUGGGAUCUUUAGUUGUGGGUCUUGGACACUUUUUAGCAACUAGUAGAGUAAGAAGAUCUUGUGACUUUGCAGUCGGUGGCUUUAUUUGCACAAUGUUAGGAUACUGGUUUUACUGCAGGUACAAUUUAGCCCAACAGAGGAUUCGGCAAAGAAUGCUUAAAGAAGGAAUGAGAAACAAAAUGUUAUUUGAAGGCAGUUCUUUUGAUCCAGAAAAAAAACAAACUGGCAAUGAAAGAAGCAAUUCGUAGUCCUACUAUAGGGGAGUCUGUAUAUGUGGUGUAAUACAGCAUUGAGAAAAGGUGGUCCAAAAAUUGCAGUGUGCCCUGUAAGUAUGUCAGAUAACUGAAACUAAUAAAUCGUACUGGUUUUCCUAGAAGAUUUAAGUAAGAAAUCCAGAGUGAAUCUGUUAAAUCUGUAUAUAAGCCUUUCUUUGUUUCAUGUAUGUACAUAUGUGACUAUGUUCACAGUUAGCAAUGACCUCCUUGUUUUUGACUUGUUAAACAUUCAGCAAUUGACACCGUGUUGCACAGUCUCAGAGAAUUAAUGACAGCAUUUGGGGGCUGCUUUAACUUACAAACAAAGCAAAGUUGUAAUUUCAUCUCGUUUAAAUGCAAGGUAUUUUCAUCAGCUGUUCUGAGUAAAUGCAUCUUGUAGUGCUGCUGCUAAGUGGAAAGUGCUACUUGGAAAAUGGGAAUAUUUAAACAGUAGGUGAGUGCUUUGCUUGUGCAAAGUGGAAGAUGUCAGUAGCUUCUGUAACUUCAAAAAACUUAUAGAGGCUAUGAAGCUGAGUUUCCAUCUUUGUUCCAUCUGUGCAAAAUUAAGAAUAAAAACACUUCAGGAGGAAUUUCA